ACAACAAAAAAAAAUAAAAGAAAAAGACACAACCGGGGAGAGAGAAAGAAAGAGCGAACAAAUCCGUUCUUUUUCCCCUUUCUCUCUCUCUCUGUCUCACACGCACUCUCUCAUCUUCUUCUUAUGAUUUUCAACUUAUUACAAACAAAGAGAGAAAGAAAAGAAAAAAAAAAACUUCCAAGUUGCAGUCUCAGGUGGUUCACAGUUAAUGCUACGCGGUAAUGGUGGUGAAUCUAUCCCAAUUUCGAUAACCUCUGCUGAGGCGUCCAAAUGUUGAAGGGAGAGGAAGAGCAUAAGCAGAAGAGAGGUUGGUCAGAUUCGCUGCUAGAAUUUCGGUCAGAGUUUGGAGAAAAGAUGAAAUUUGUGUCGAAGAAACGUUGGAAGUCUCUUGGACCUCUUCAUCUGAAAAGCAAAUCAGUUGCUCGGUUUUGCUUCUUUUCGAAACUGAAGUCAAACAACCAUGGUCCAGGCCGUGCACCAGUCUAUCUCAAUGUUUAUGACUUGACUCCUAUUAACGGAUAUAUCUAUUGGGCAGGCCUUGGUAUAUUUCACUCUGGUGUAGAAGUUCAUGGAGUAGAGUAUGCUUUUGGUGCCCAUGAUUAUGCAACCAGUGGUGUGUUUGAGGUUGAACCACGGCAAUGCCCGGGCUUCAAAUUCAAGAAAUCAAUAUUUAUUGGAACCACAAAUUUAAACCCAGCACAAGUGAGAGAGUUUAUGGAGGACAUGGCUUGCAGUUACUAUGGGAAUAUGUAUCACUUGAUUGCUCAGAACUGCAACCAUUUCUGCCAAGACGUUUGCUACAAGCUUACAGGCAAAAAGAUCCCAAAAUGGGUGAAUCGGCUUGCACAAAUAGGUUCUGUGUGCAGCUGCAUACUUCCCGAGUCUCUCAAGAUAACAGCGGUAUGCCAUGAUCCAGACGGCCAAAUCCCAGAGGAAGAAAACGAAAAAAGAAGUCUAAGAAGCUCAUUCAGCUGUUUGUCUUCAAUCUCCAUGAGACAAAAACAGCUUUCGACAUCGUCAUUGUUCCUACAAUCACCUCUCAGAGGCUGCUUACCUCCAUGGCAACUCAAACGCUCAAAAUCUAACAGCAGUUCCUUGAAAGAAAGGUAGACAAAUCCAACAAAACCCCAUUCCGCGUUUCCUCAUUCGUUCUCUUAGCAAACACCCCCCCCCCCCCACGGUUCAUCUUUGUAAGGGAGUUCGAAAACAGAUUCCCCCAAAGCCAUCAUCAGUCUCUUCCAUCCCUUAUUUCAUUUUUAACAGGCUUUUAUAAGCCCACUCUUCUACUACUCUCUGUUUGUAUUGCUUCCAAAUUUGGAUAUUUUCUGAUUUAAAAUCAUGUAUUGCCCUCAACUCUGUUUAUAUCUAAAUUAGCUGUGUCUUAUUUCAAACCCCAUUUUCUAUUCUCA